CCUAUCGAACCCUAGAAAUGAGUAAUGGCCUUGAUUGGAUCCAGCAUCGUGACCCUGACCUCGUGUCAAGGUAAUACGAGAAUUGGCGCUCGUAUUUGUUGUAGAGUGAUGAAUAUGAUGACCAUACGAUCGUGGAACUGUUGAUUGCUAUGCUUAGUAGUAAGGUAGCAGGUAGCAGGUAGCAAAGUAGCAACACCAUGCCUCAACCCGUGAUUGGAGUGUCACGUAUACAUAUAAGCCAGGUUCCCGUUCAGUGAUCUUCAACUUAAUCUUGUCUUUACCCCAGUAUCUACUUUGAAUCAGAUUUCCUCAGAUCCUUAUUAUAUCUAACUGCCCACCUACUUACUUAUCCGCCAAUAUGAAGUUCUUCGCUACCGUCGUGAGCGCUGCUCUUGUCGCCACCGGCGCCUCUGCCCAACAGGCCGUUGUCAAGAACAACUGCGCGGACACCAUCUACGUCCAGUCCUACCCCUUCGACGGGAGUGCCGCCGGUCCACUGACCACUCUGGCCACUGGACAGACCUUCUCUGAGAACUUUCACUCAUCCGGCUCGACCGUAAAGAUCGCAACCACCAGGACUCUCAGCAGCCCUCUCUUCUUCGGCUACUCCUUCAGCACGAACCCAGACUAUGCCUACUACGAGUUCAGCACUGAGUGGGGCAACCCCUUCGCGUCUUCGCACAACACGCUGAGCCCCGGCGCUGGCUGCGAGCAGUUUGACUGCGCCCCUGGCCAGGCCGACUGCUACAGCACGCCGGCCUUCAAGAAGGUGUACGGCUGCCCGCAGCCCGUCAACCUAGAAGCGCAGCUCUGCGUAUAGGUUUAGGCUGGGGAGGGGAGGUGGUAAUGGUAGAGGAGAUUACUAUGAUAUGAUAUGAAAAGGUGCUACGUUGGUAGCGAUAUUAAUGUAACGGUAACCCUAGCGUUGGAAAAAAGACUUUUGUUUUUUUGCACAAUAGUUAUAGUGGAUCCGAUUUGUUGAUGGCUUCACGCAUAAGGGCGUUAUGUUCGGACUGCAAAAAUCUUUAGUUAGCUCUUAAUAAGAGGCAUCUUUUACAGGAUAUAUCGAAUGACAAUAGUUAAAUAUUGAAAAUCUAGUUUCAUCAAUCUCCAGUAAAGCGAAUUCAAGUUGGAAAAGAAAGGAAAAGAAAGAAAGAUGCCGAGAGCUUUGAUGCAACAAACCCGUAUAAUGCUUGAUGCCUCCCCAGGUCUCACGAACACAACAUGACAGACAGUAGUAAGUAACGUAGCACUCACAUUUUAGGCUGCUGGUAUCCAUUUUCCAGCUGCUGCGGCUUAUGUGGCUACAAAGAUUUUGAGAUCAUGCAACCUUCAUUCCCUAGCAAGGUCGUAUUACCU